AUGAACUGCAGCAACCUCACCGUCACAGCAGUGCAAGAAAAACUUAACCUUUUACAACUGAUUAUUUACAUCCCAAUUAUCUUUUUUGGAGUUAUAUUUAAUAUCAUUGCCUUCUGGGUAUUCUGCUGCAAGCUGAAAAAAUGGACAGAAACCAGAGUUUACAUGAUCAACUUGGUCAUUGCAGACUGUUUUCUCCUCUUCACCUUGCCUUUCAUUGUGCAUUUUCACAGGACUAGACAUCCCAUAGAUAAACUGUGCUAUGUCAUACAGACUAUAUAUUUUACAAACAUGCCCGUAAGCAUUUAUAUCAUCACCCUUAUAGCCGUCGACCGAUUCAUUGCAAUAAAGUACCCCCUGAAAGCAAAGAAUUUCAGGUCCCCACUGAAGGCAGCUGUUAGCUGCGGAUUUCUUUGGAUAAUAAUAAUAAUUUAUGCAUACUUCAACCCACGAUUUACUAAGGAAAGUGCAAACAUUUGCUUUCGGAAAACUUCUGAUGACCCUGCAGAAACUAUACUGUUGUCAAGUAUUUUGGGUUUUUUUAUACCACUAGUAAUACUGAGUUUUUGUUCUAUUCAAGUCAUCCGGUGUCUGAAGAUGAAGAAGAACAUGAGUCCACCUGAAGAAACAUCAAUCCAGAAGGCUCUCUGGAUUGUUUCUAUGAACCUGAGUGUAUUUAUCAUAUGCUUUUUACCUUUUAACGUCGGGCUACUUGUUAGGUAUGCAAUGGACGCAGCUGGAGCUGCCUGCUCUUUACGCCGCAAUGCAAGCCUUUUUAUUCGUGUGGCUGCAUGGGUAGCAAACUCGAACUGCUGUUUGGAUACGCUUUGUUAUUACUUUGUAGCCAAGGAAUUUCAGGAAGCUUCUUCUCUGUUACACCCUUUUAAAUCUCUGACGUCUAGAUCAAAUCAAAGCCAAAUCACAACCACAAAUGCGCUAAGUGAUCACAAAAAAAUGCAUGAUAGAGGGGCGGAUCCACAGCUGGUAUAA